GGCCUGGCUGCGAGGAUGGACUGUGCACUGCUGCUGCUCUCCCUGUGGGCUCUGACUGGAACAGUGUCUCUGCAGACUUCAGGGUCAUGUCCGGAGAGACUUCUGGGACAGGAGAGGAGGAGGACAUGUCCUCGGCCCUGCAAGUCUGACAGAGACUGUGGAAGUAAACGCCAGUGUCUGUGUGACGGCCACUGUGGUCUCAGCUGUGUGGCUCCAGGUCGUACUUGUCCCUGGCCUCUAACCUCCAGUGAAAACUCGGUAGCUCACCUCCUCUCUCCCACUCACUCCUUCUCUGCCUUGCUUGAAGUGCGCUGCAAGCCUGGAUACACUUUGCCCAGUGGCUUGGAUGCCACCAUUCGCCGUUGUCAAGGUGACCGACAGUGGAGUGGGGAUGAGCCCAACUGCACAGAAUCUCAGUCACCUGAAGCAGCCGCUGAUGUCCAAAGCUGCCCUCUGCCUGAUGAGGUCAUCAGCACCUUCAGCAUCCAGGGCGAUGCCACUGUAGGAACCUCCAUCCGCUACAGCUGCAUGUCUGGAGCCCAGAUAAUAGGGAGCAAUGAGAAUUUCUGCCAGGAUAAUCAGACCUGGCAGUAUCCUCACCCCAUCUGUAAAAAAGUGUACUGUCUGCCUCCUCGAGAGGUGGAGCACGGCUACGUGGUGGCUGUCCAGAAGACUGAAUAUGAAGUUGGCUUCGACAUUCACUACCUUUGCAAAAAAAGCUUCCUCCUGGAUGGACCCAAGAAGGUCACGUGUCUGUCGAAUGGCAGCUGGAGUGAAUCACCCCCUCACUGCAGAGGUCGAUGUCUCAUCCCUGCUGAAAGAAGCCGCGUGGUGAUUGGUGGAGAGAAGCGUUGGCCCUUUGACGUUACAGAUGCCAUGGUUCCUCACGGGAAAAAUGUGACAUUCUUCUGCAAACACCCUCGUCACCAGUGCAACUUUGCUGCAAUUCAGACCUGUUUUGAUGGAAAGCUGCAGCCACCAGCAUGCUAUCUGGAGCCCACAUGGUUGCAGUACAAACUCUUCCCUCACCGGUUGGUCUCAGAGAUUGAAGAAUGUGUACCUGCUGAUGUGGAGUGAUGCCUGACCUGCAUGUGUGACCUCUGCCCACAGUGCAGAACCCUCUGAGAACACAUCAGCGCCCCCUCACCUCCCUCCCACUGCAGCUUUAAUGAUUAUGAUCUGUCAGACGCUCCGAUGUCUUUUCUUGUGGAUCAGCAGCUGUAAUUAUAACCUCAAGUAUUACUUUGAUCCUCGUACAGCCAGCGUGGAUCAGUCGGGACUCACGGAUGGGUCACAGGAGUGUUUCGGGGGGGUCAACAAAUGUGACCAGUGUGUAAUAUAAAAAUAAAUACUAUACCACUUAUGCUACCUUCAUGUAACCUAACUCAUAUUGACUCUGUGAUCCCUCACUGUGUGAUUCUUCUUUCAUCUGUUGAAUGUGACGCAUCAAGUCUUUAGGCUUGUGACUUUUAAAUGAUGUGUUUUUGAAAUAAAACAAUGUCAUGAA